UCCCUUCCCCCAGCCAGCUGAACGGUCGUUUCUGUGCUGCUACGGAACAGAGAUCACUUCCCUUGCAGCUGGAAAAACGCUGCGUCACUGGCAGUAUUGCAAGCACAGCGCAUCUCGCCGAGGGUCUGCCACGCGUUUUCUUCCAAUUCCACGAGAUGGGUGCAUUCGUCCGUAGCCGACGCAGCGGGCUGACGGCCGCGUGUGAAACACUAAUGCCCACGUGUGAUUUCCCGCCUGUGGAAAGCAGCUGCCGGUCUGUGUUCGCUUUGGUCCAUGCGUUGGGAAGGCUAGAUGCAGCGAUCCCCGAGCGGCACGUCCUCUGACGAUAAGCCGGGGUCUCCCAACUGUACGCUGGGUUCUUUUUUUUUCUCUCAAAUUUGUUAUAUUUCAAUUUAAAGUUGCAGUUGUUUUGGUUUUUUUUUCCACGAGUCUCCUGCCUAUACAGCGUUCCGCAAGGGCAUCGAACCAGCAUUCUCUCUCGGCUCGGUAGGUGAGGGCAUCUUCUUUCAAGCGAAGUGACUGUAUGGAAUCUAGUGGUUCGGACUGUCUCGGCAGGCGACGGAGAUGAAGAAAUUGGGCUAUCAACAGAGCACAGCACAAAGCAGUAUUUGCUCUGCGGAGAGAUGAAUUGCAGCUGCCGUUUGCCUUCGGUCAGAGGCUAGGAUGCCUCGCUUCGGUUUUCUUUGUGAUCUCGCUGACUCCUUUAGAAGCACUGCGUGGAUCUUUCUUGGCCCGUGGAUCGGAAGCUGUAAAUAACUGGACCGGAGUACAGAGGCCGAGCUGUUGCUUCGUGCAGUUUAUUUAGCUGCAGCUUUUUUGCAGGGUUGCUGGUGUUCCUUUUAGGGACUCUGCCCCUCUGCGCUUUGGGGAAGAACGCCAUCGUACUUGGCAGGAAACAAUCCUGUCAGCUGAGAUUUGUUUUUUCUUAGAAAAGCUUCAGUGGCAGGAUUUUCGUAUUGCUUUGUGUAAGGGUCUUACAACGCGCCGCUUUCAGUGAACCGUCCGAAAUGCGUCUUAGUUACGAAGUCGCCUCGCGAUUUCUUCGUAGCUUCAAUUGUGAGCAGACUGUUGCGGAAGCAACGAUUUCUGAAAAGCCUGUAAGAGCAGUCGUUUUGUUUGGUACAAACCGUGCGGCGUCAUCGGUUCCAGAGAGCGAUUUGCUGCGAUCGCCCGACUUUCUUAGUCGUAGGUAACGCGUGUUAUUUCCCGAAUGCGAGCCGUAACACAUUUUCCUCUCUGUUUACCCUUGUGUUUUCAGAUCCAGCUGUGGGAUACGGCGGGCCAGGAGCGCUUCAGGAAGAGUAUGGUGCAGCACUAUUACAGGAACGUCCACGCGGUCGUGUUUGUGUACGAUAUGACCAACAUCGCCAGCUUUCACAGUCUGCCGUCGUGGAUAGAGGAAUGCAAACAACACCUCCUUGCCAGCGAUAUACCACGGAUUCUUGUUGGCAAUAAAUGCGACCUGCGAAAUGCUAUUCAGGUACCCACGGACUUGGCUCAGAAGUUUGCCGAUACGCACAGCAUGCCGUUAUUCGAAACCUCUGCCAAAAACCCCAAUGACAAUGACCACGUGGAGGCCAUAUUUAUGACGCUGGCUCACAAGCUUAAAAGUCACAAGCCAUUAAUGCUAAGUCAACCCCCAGAUCGCGAUCAAAUACACAUCAAGCCCGAACCGAAACCCGCCGUGACCUGCUGGUGUUAAGUGUCACUCUUUGUUGCUGCCACCUCGUGCCCUGUGCCAACGCUCCCUGGUUACGAUCUCGACGUAGAUCAAGGGUUUGGUAGCAAUUAUAGCGAAUCCCUUUGGCACUUUACUGUGUCGUUUGUUUUUUUUCUGGUGUAGAUGUGCCCCUCUCAUUUUCUUGCGCUUCCUUAUUCCACUUCCUGAAUUACUGAAGUUCCACUAUAAAUAUGCAGGAAAGUAACCUUUCGGACGAAGUGUUAACAAAGCAAGUCUUGUCAAGUUCUGGCUCUCCGAGGUCGGUUUUGUCACUCGUGGCAGAGUAAAAGUAGUAAAACGGAGUGAAGCAAAGUAGUAAGAGGGUUUACUGAUGUGUUCGGUUGCUGCCUGCGUUGGGAUAACGUAGGAGGAGAAGCGUUUCGGGACAGCCGGGUAGCUCGACGAGCAGAUCAGCAGGUGGCGAGGUUUGUGACGUGCAGAGGAGUAUCGGAUGCCUGCUAGCAAACUGAGAAGCGAGGGCCUGUUCUUCCUCUUUAAGUAAACAUUUUAAAAGCAGACUGGACCAUCACACUAAGGUAGAGCCGUCGGCGCAAGUGCAAACCGUGGGCUUCGGUGCCCUGUCGUCGUACGGUAAACCGCUUCUCCGUGGCAGCCGCAGGAGAGUCGAGCGAGUCGUCCCUGCCUCUAGGCGAUUAUUUGGUACGUAGCACUUCAUCGGUUCGUCCUCCUUAAUUGCGAGACUGAUCCGUCCUUAAGGACAGUCCCGUAGCACGGGACGUGGGGGAAGAACCGGGACUAGAACUAUCUUCAGCCUCUCUGACCUGACUAAGAUGUAAAUCUGCAAUGAGGAUUGGCUUGGUAAGUGUAAGCACUUGCCAUUGAAAUAAAAAUAGGCGUGAAUUUAUCCGAGGCGUUCUGGGGCUUUCCAAGACGCAGCUUUUAGAGGAUGCUCCUGCUGAUAAACGCUUUUAAAAUGUCUUGGAAAAGACAGCUUUUUGCAAGGCAACGUGCUCACUUGCUUUAGGGACGAGGACGCCUAGGACAGGCCCUUCCUUCGGGUGCCCCUUUCGAUGCGCAAAGUCGUGCCUUACGUAUUGGAAACUUGGAGGCCGCCGUACUGCGAGGAGCCGUGCUGUUCUGCGCUAGCGCGCACGAAGGCUGCUGCGGGUCGGUUUGCAUCCUGAUAAAAACACAGUCAGCCAUUCACAGCGUAGGGAAUAGCGCAAUUUCUUUAACUCGAUGUGAAGGCAAAAAUUAGCUCUUGAAUUACAGAGAAAAAAGUGCCACGUAGAUCGCGUGUUACGAAUGUCGGUUUCAAUACGCCUGUGUCCCGGCCGUAAGCCGUGCCUGCCUGGCAGUGCGAGUCAGUAAUUCCUCUUCUAGAACCGUCUUCUUCCACGUUCCCCUCGUUGCCACCAUUUGCUCUGUUCUUUGAAGGUCACAGUUCGUGACAAAGGUGGUGCUGUGGUGCUUGGUUGCUGAUGGUUACAUCAAGGGAAAUGUAAUCCUUAGAUUUCAGUGUACGACUCCGUAUGCCACGGUCAGACAAUAUUUUCCCACUUGUUUUUUUUUGGAAGCAAUGUAAUGUCAAAUGGAGGUGUUUGAUUUGCAGUGUGAAACGCGUCGUGUGGGCUGGAAAUAGGAAGGCCGGGUCAGAAGCUGCCAGCCCGGUGACGGCUAGAAACAAAGUACUGAAACAAAGUAGCUCGUACGUUGUGAGCUAUGGAAAUUGUGUCACUGAAGUGCAAGUUGCUCCCAUAAAAGGGAAAAUGUGUCCACUCUUUUCUAGAUUUAGGAAAGCGUUCCAUUUGGCCUGUUACGCUUAGGGUGUUUAAAAAGUGUGUAUGCAGAUAAUAUUAUUCCUGUCCAAAUGAAGCUGCUACGGUUCUGACUGCGAUGUUGUUAAUGCAACGUGUGUUCAGGGGAACUUCAGUGUUUGCUCUGAUCCUUAGGGGACCGGGCUUACGGUGCUCUUUCAGCAGCGAUCAGCUUGUUGAAAGUAGCGUCCUUAAUGGUUUGAGGUUUUUUUUUGUUUUUUUUUUUUUUAACAAGGAGCAACCUGAAAUUUAUACGUGUAGCACUCUAAACGAACCAUUUAUUUUUCACUCACGUCCUGAACGCUUUUUCUCCAAAGGAUCCGUCUUAACUGGAAUGUUAGUAUCUGAACUUGUGUGUUAGUAAGCGCGCCAGCAAACACUCUUUUGUUGUCGUUGUCUUUUGUGUUUGAAUUGAUGUGAGCGAAGCAGAUCGCACAGAAUGAAGCGUUCCGAAGUCAGGCUGGGGUCUGAGGUGAGGCAGCCAUGUAGAUACAGCGCCGAUGUGAAAGGGGACGUCGGACAUCUGCAGAUCUGUUGCGCUCUGAGGCGUUCGCAACCUGUACAUCAGGGUUCUCACGCCGUUCAGACGGCGUGGAAACAAACGAUGCUUUCAGUAUGUAAUCUUGUCUUGAGCACACUGCAUGUUUUAAUGGCUCUGCCUUGAAGAUAAUGUGAGCAUUCGGGCUUCGGUGCGCUUCCUGGCUGUCAGUCGUAGCGUUCUGCCCACGGAAUCGAUGUGAACAGCGCCGAACGCUUUGUAUGCGUGUUUUCACCUUACCCGACUGUAACGUUGCAUUGUUUUGUAUGUGUUGGGGAAGGGUAAGACACACUGCCAGACACUUAACAACUGGCUUUGCCGCAGACUAUUUGCACUUGUUUUCCGUAAAACGGUGAUAACAUUUCUCUUAUUAAAAUCCAUAAUAAACUGUCAUAAAGGGAGGAAAA